AUGCUCAGCAUUUCAUCAACAAAGCUUGCGCUUCCACCUUCGCUGGUCGCACCUAAUGUAAUCUUCCGCCGUAACGCGCUUGGUUCUGAUUUCCCUGGUCUUAUUGUAAUAAUUCCAGCUGUUCCAGAAUCGCAAUCAUCAUCUGCUC